AUGCAGGGAUUGCACGACCGUAGUACUGAUGGUACCUACUCUCGCAAUUUGAAGAAGAAGAAGGAGGAGUUCGUGCUGAACAGGUCGUCGGUAUUGGUGUCCCACAGGGGUUUGUCACUGACCGUGGUUGGCCUCAACCUUGCUGUCUUCUUGUACGGUAGAGAGAACCCACGCAACUACUGGAAAUUGUUAGAUAAGCCCGGCUGCACUUGGACUCUCUUGACGACCGCAUUUUGCCACAAGGAUUUGCAACAUCUUUCCGCCAAUAUGUUUUCACUGGUUCCUGAGAUACCGCAGGUGCUCCAAGUAUGCGGCCAAAGUCCCUACCAAUUCGUUGCCUUCUAUAUUUCGGCCGCGAUAAUCAGCUCGUACGCGCAGCGUGCUGUGUCGUAUACCAGAUGGACGCAACAGUGGUCUUCUCGAUUCUUCAUCGGCGAGCCGAUCAGCAUGGGCGCUAGCGGUGUUGCAAUGGCGAUAUUCGCGGCGUCUUGCUUCGCAGAGCCUCCCUGGGCCUCGCCAUCGUUCCUUCUAUCUGCAUUGACUUUGGUACGGCAGGUCACUCUUGAUUUUGGGGGACUGAUCCAUAAUAAGGGAAAUAUUGGAUACGCCGCGCACUUAGCUGGUGCCGUUUUUGGGGCCAUGUACGCAUACUUUAAUGCCGACCGCUACCUCUGGUCCAACCUGGUCCACCUAUUCAGCGUUUAUCUUCCUAAGUCUCCUCCACCAACUCCUCGUCACAAAGACCUCGAUUUAGAUGAAAUCGUUCGUCGACUGAACGAAUCAGCCUGA